UCCUGCUGCUGCUGCUCCUGCUCGUGCUGCUGGCGCUGCUGGAGGCCCGAGGCUGGGCGGUGGCGGCGGCGGCGGCGGCGGCGGGCGCGCAGCGGGGCCGGGGAGCGAGAGCCGGGGAGCGAGGAGCGAGCGCAGCACGCCCGGGCCCGCCUUCGCCUUCGCCGCCGCCGCCCGCGUCCCCCGCGCCGGACAAAGCCCCGCCGCCCGCGCCCGGACGGAGCCAUGUCCUCGUCGGCCGGCAGCGGCCACCAGCCCAGCCAGAGCCGCGCCAUCCCCACGCGCACCGUGGCCAUCAGCGACGCCGCGCAGCUACCUCAGGACUAUUGCACCACGCCCGGGGGGACCCUCUUCUCCACCACGCCCGGGGGCACCCGGAUCAUUUAUGACCGCAAGUUUCUUCUGGAUCGUCGCAAUUCUCCGAUGGCUCAGACUCCGCCCUGCCACCUGCCCAAUAUCCCGGGAGUCACUAGCCCUGGCACCUUAAUCGAGGACUCCAAAGUAGAAGUAAACAAUUUGAACAACUUGAACAAUCAUGACAGGAAGCAUGCAGUUGGGGAUGACGCUCAGUUCGAGAUGGACAUCUGACUGGCCUGCACGUCUCGGCAGGAGAGCAGCAGCAGCACCUGCGUGAGCCUGCCCUGGCCUCCGGCUCGCGGGGAGCACAGAGCAGUGCCAGCCGUCCUCCCCGCGGCCCCCUCCUCCUCCUCCUCCUCCUCCUCCAGUGCCAAACCGUGCGAGGAUGAGCUUCAGCCGACCCCUCCCUGCCCCUCUUCCCUGCUUCCCUUCCCAGUUUGCUCGGGUGGAAGACCCUCAGCCCGUUCCGAAGAACCGAGCAGCCCGCAGUGGGAACAGUUCAGUUCUGCCCAUCCCCUCUGAGAAGCAUGUUUCUCCUCGUUCUUUUUAUGAGAAGCAUCAUUUGAUGACAAGCUUUUUUUUUUUUUGAAUCCCAAAUGAAUUCAUGACUGACCCGCCCAGCGUCUGCUGCCUGGACUGUCUGGAGGGGCAGGACAGAGGCCGGUGGGUUCGGUGUUUGUGUUCUCUCCCCACUGUCCUCUGCCUCCCGGCCGCCUCUGGGUUUGCACGAGUCUCCUGAUGUACCGGAGGUGCUGGACACAGGAAGAGAGGUGCUUUCCCCCUGGUGACAGCACGCCCCGUGGCUCCCUGUGACGCUGUCUAGAGGUGGACUUGGGACCAGUGUCUUUGCCUUGGGCUCUUGGACUGCUCUUCCCAGUCCUUAACGAGCGCAUCAGUACCAGAACGCACUCAGUACCUGGCAGAGCGCCGGUCUCUGUGCUCCCUCCGUUCCCAGCUGCUUUCAGCCCUCAGCUGCCCAGGUGGGCUCACCUGUGCCCAGAGCCUGCUCAUUCCCGUGGAAGCACUCUGGGGGGAGGCCUGACCUACAGGCUCCUGUCAGAGUGGCCGAGGGGAGCCCUGGGAGAGACCGAGUCGCUGGCACGCCCAGUCUCUGCAGUCAUUUUUCAGUCCAAUGAGCUUUGGACGUUCGCUAUCCCAGAUUGCGGUCUAUAUGAGUUUAAAGCUGACUUUAAGAAUUUUUGAACUGAACUUUUUUUUUUUCCCCCCUGUGUGGACUUGCUUUGUUUGGCUGCUGAGUUGGAUAAGCACGGGCUUUUUUAAAAAAGGAGAGAGAAAAGUUCUCCCACUUUUCCUGCCUUUUCUGUCCUCUGAACCUCCCUGCCCCCCCCCCCCCGGCCUUCCUUGUUUUCUGCCAGGCCAUUUUUCAUAUAUACAUCAAAGAUACCUCAGGUGUUGGUAUCUGAUAAUAUCUGCCACUCCUCCAAGCCGAGGAACGGCCUUUUAUUUUUAAGAUGACUACAGACCUAUUUUUCGAUAUGCUUUCCGCACGACUUUGAGCGGCAACUUUUUACUCCCACGUCUUCCUGUGUCAGGGAGGCAGGCCACGUCCGCAGGCCAGUCUGCUGUUCUGUGUCCCCCUCCUGUGUUCCCCGAGCCCCUCACGAGCACUGUCUCCCUCCUGGUCGCGGGUGUGUGCAUGUUUGGACUUUGUCCUGGGUGGUUUAUAAAACUGGACCAUUCUGCCUUGC